AUGUCGGAGUCGCAAAAAGUUGCGUUUCAUGCACUUUUUACAAUGCUCAAUGUUUCAAUGCUGAAUAACAAAAUUUGGGAGAGCUAUAAUGUUGAAUACAACAAGAAAUGCUUUCGACAUUAUGUUAAAGUCCCCUUGUCUGUUGCAACAGGAAGGCAAAGAGCAAGAGAAAUCUCAUCCAGAGUUAAACAAAAUUGA